GCGUAAUAUUGAUGGACACUCGAGCGGACCAAUCAGAAUCUUCAUAACAACGUGUGGGCGUGACAAUAUGGACGCACUUGGAGACGUGCGCUGCCCCUGAGAGCAUGAGGACGGCAGGAAUGCAGAGUCAGGAUUAAAAAGUAGUUAAAAAAAAAAAAUACGGUCACGUGGUUGUUUACACUCCUGUAAAUUGUUUAUACAUGUGGACGGCGUGACAUUGCAUGCUAGCUGUCCUAAUCCUGCAUGGGAAUCUGUCCAAUCUGAGGAAAUCUUCAAAGCUUUGUGAUCCCUGCUACUCAUUGAAAAGACAUCUUAAAUCACACACACACACGUGCACCAGACAUGUUCAAAUCCGUCCAGUGUGCUCCCCUGUGCAGCAUGAGCGCGCGUGCUGCUCGUCUGCAUUGCACGCCUGCUGCUCGUCUGCAUUGCACGCCUGCUCUAAGACACAGCAGUGGAGCAGGACAUGGCAGGUCUGAAGCUGCUGCAUGGCUCGAGUCUCUCUACACAUGGCUCCAGAAAGCAGGAAGAGGAUGUGGUGAGAGCGUCCCUGGAAAGAAGAAGCGAGAAGGGCUUCUGUCCAUCCUGGCUGACCACUGCAGCUUUGUGACCGGACAGAGACUGAGGCGAGCGUUGCAGGUCGCAGAGCUCUACUCCAACCUGUACUCGGAGAGGAGCAGGUGGACGCUGGUGGGCAACAUUUGGCGCCGGCUGCAGAACAAGCAAGCCCCGACUGGCAAACUGCUGGCCGCCCUCGCCGGGGUGUUCAUGUGGGAGGACGAGAAGAUCAAAGACGAUGAGAUGAGGAGGUGUGCGUGGGAGCUCCAGGCUAUGGAUGCUGUAAAGCAGAAGGCCGCUGCGGGGAAGGCCAGCGCGCAGGCUGAGGGUGGCUGGGAAAUCGUGAUGGAGAAGAAGACCUUUAAAGUGUGGAGGAGACCAGUUGAAGGAAGCCACCUGUUCGAGUACCGAGUAUUUGGUUCCUACACUGAUGUUACUCCCAGACAGUUCUUCAACGUUCAGUUGGACACCGAAUACAGGAAGAAGUGGGACGCACUGGUGAUCAAACUGGAAGUGCUGGACCGGGACCUGAACACGGGGUCAGAGGUCGUUCACUGGGCAACACAUUUCCCUUACCCGAUGUACUCCCGAGACUACGUGUACGUGCGCCGCUACGAAGUGGACGUCGAGAACAACCUGAUGGUCCUGGUGUCCAGAGCUGUGGAACAUCCUGGCAUUCCUGAGACGCAGGAGUUUGUUAGAGUUCACUCGUAUUGCUCCAGGAUGGUCAUCCGACCCCACAAAUCCUUCGAUGAGAAUGGAUUUGACUAUCUGUUGACGUACAGCGAUGAUCCUCAGACGGUUUUCCCUCGUUACUGUCUGAGCUGGAUGGUGUCCAGCGGCAUGCCUGAUUUUCUGGAGAAGCUGCACACGGCGGCUCUGCGAGCGAAGAACCACGAGGUUGGCGUUUAUGACUACGUGGGCAUGAUGAAGCAGGUGCAGCAGACCUCUUCGGAGCGGCUGGAGGAAGGAACGACGCACACCGCGGGAUCCUCCCGUAUUUACGCCUGAGAGAGAGGAAACAGCUGGCCAGAUGUGCAGCGGAUAAGAUGGGCAAUUCAUUAAGACCUAAGAGACCUCGGGUUUGAUUCACAACGAAUCUGUGACGAGCCUGGGGGGGAGGGAGGGAGGGGGGAGAGAGAGAGAGUGCGAGCGCUUUGCCUCUUACUGUGACCUACAGACAGCGAGUGAGAAUCAGAGACGCUGCUACUGCUGCUGCCAAAACACCUUUCUAUCCGUGUGUGUGUGUGUGUGUGUGUGUGUGUGUGUGUAAAGAUCAGGAGACCUGGUACAGCUGGAAUUAUUUUGCUUGCACACCUGAGUCAGAAUCAGGGGAAAAAACUCCGUCCACUCGCUCAGCUGUAUGUUUCUCGCUCCUGGGAGUUUUACUUUCACAAACUACUUCUCACUUGUCUACUAACAAAGUCGCCAAGCUUGCAGCCACAUCGGUGCGUGUUCUCUUAAGUGACAAAAUAUUCACGUCGAGUCGUCCUUAGUGCCGCCGUUUCACAGGAACACAUUUUCAUUCUCGAUGAACGCUCAACAUCGCCACGACGUACGCGCUUCAAAACAUCCCACUUCCUUUUCUUUAUUGUCCAUAGCGUGUUCGAGAGAUGUCCCUUCAGUAACAAAAACGGCCAUGAGGUUUGUUACAGAUUUUUAUAUUCGAUGACUUCUACAGGGGAAAUGUGACUAAUCGUAAUCCUCUCUGCAUGGACAGGUUUGGGUUCGGAAAAUUCCACGAGACGUCUCUUACUUUCCGCUUCACCGCAGCAGCACUCACACACACACACACAGGCAUUCUGGUCCUCACGUUUCUCGAACCAGCUCCUCACGAGGAAGUGCGGGACGUGUUCGAGCGACCGCAGCGUCCUCGCUAGCGUCCUCACUUCCUCUGCUGCGCCAGAGCUGCGUCUGUUUUCUCUUGAUUUGGCGUCUGCGCGCUUAUCACUGCUGAACACUCGGCGCUCUCGUGUGAUUUGCGUCCCAACCCCAGGAGCGUUUACUUGUAAGACGGUUCUACGUGCUAGAGUACUACCAGAGUUAGGAGCGCUAAUGAUACGAGUGCGUGAUUUCAGAUAACGACAGCUGAGAUCACUUUAAUGGACACGGAUAUCGAUUUCUGAUAAAUAAAUAAAUCAACAAACGCACCAUAAAGCAGCAUACAGAGCAAUUCUGUUUAAUAAGCACUCAUCAUUAAACGUGAAAUCAAAACGUAAACAGUAAAGGGGUGAGAGAGAGAAAAUAAUUCGACGCUCGCGGGAGUUUCUUGAUAUCGGGCAACAAAACCAGCGAGAACAACCGGACAAGCUAAAGUGUGGCCGCGUGCGGGUUUUAAUCCGUUUGAUCGAACUGGGCUUUGGAUGGUGAUCUGACGUCACUGUGAACCAGCCAAUGAGAAACGACGUAGGGAUAAAACGUUUAAUGAGUUUUCCCAGUCAUAUGAGAGAGGAAAAAAGUAUUGUAUGUAAAAUGACGACGCACAGCGAAGUGUUUCCUGGCAGAUUUUCGGACACAAUGUCUUCGUUUUAAGCGACAAUGCUCUCAAAGCAAUGUUGUCGUUUUUUUUUUAAUGGAAUAUUUAACGAAAAUUCCCAGUGUAUGGUUAAUCCCACCUCCAUUUCAUUUACACGCUCGAAUCUGAUGCAUCAGUCAGCCUCGGAUUCAUUUUCCUUCCAUUUUAAUCACGGCCUCAGGAUUCAAGCCGUUAGAUCGUACUUCCUCCGGUUUAAUAGUCGUGAAGGUGUUUCGAAUCCGUUUAAAAAUACGGCGGUGGGAUUGCGAACACAUCCUGAGCAUCAGGCUCAUAUUUGUGCGAGUUAAAGACAAAUAUUACACUCACACUUUACAGGGUGUCCCAAAAGUCUCCAUACGUGCGGGACUAUGGACGCCAGGACCACAUCGGUCGCGUCUUCGUCGGCGGACGUUCGUGGACGUCCGCUUCUCCUCGGUCGGUCCGCAUCACCUCCAGUCUUUUCGAGUUUGUUAGUAAGUUUGGUAACAGUGUUGUGUGUGUGUGUAUGUGAUGUGCUCACCAUGUUUCCUGUUAAAGUCCAUCGCAACCUUGCGACAGCUUCCUGAUCCAUAUAUAUAUAUAAUUGAAAUUGUGGCGUUCAUUUCCCCCCGUGUGUGGAGAAUUGUGGGACAUCCUGUAUUAAAGAGGGUGUAUGGUAUGAAGGUCUGGGCUUCACUGGGUUGACAGAAAACAUUGUUUUUCUGCUUUCUGAUAGUUUGUGUGUAUAUUCAUCUUCCAGUUAACAUUUCUAUUUUCCCCGUCAGACUUUAGCCUGAACUCCACCAUGUCAUGACCGGUAUGAUGGUUUUUUUUUUUUUUAAUGGUGUAGAUGAACCGUAAUUCUUAAAUGUACUUAAAAAAACAACAACAUGCUGAUAUGUAAAUAUAUUCUUGGUGAAGAUGCCAUUUUAAGGCAGGUACAGUGAGGUGAAUGGAGAUCCUUAGAAAGAUUAACGUUAAAGCUUUCUCAGUGAUCUGCGUGGUGAUGAUGUAAACACUUUGAUGCUCAUUCAACCCCCCCUCCCCCCAACACACAGAUUUAGUACUUCUUAUUUCUGUUCAUUUUGUGAAUCCUGUCGAGCCAGUAGCGUUCCUAGAGGUGUAUGGUGCAACCCGGAUGACCAUGACGAUCGAUCCCUCCACAGUCAUCAGCAUUACACUGUCUGUUCAGGACUUGGAAUGGAAGUUAGGCCAGUCCGUAUUUUUUUUUUUUUUUCCUCUUUAAUAUCGCUCUUUUUCUUGUAGUAACAGAAACGGUCGCUUUAAAAUGGCACGAUUUGUCGGUAAAGCUGAAUUUUCUUGCGGUGAGGAAUGCUUAUUCAUCUCAUUUACACACACAAAAAAAAAAAAAACCAACCACAGGAACUGUGUGACGCGCGUGUUAUGUAAUACUUCCACGAACAGUGUGAUAAGAGUGCUGUGUAUCGGAACACGUUGAUGAUGAAAUGUGCAAGACUGUUAAAAAUCUACACGAGCUGAAAAAUCUACAUGAACCUGUCCAAUCAUAGACGUCCUAAAAUUCUGCUUUGGAUUCGGUUCAUUAAUUAUUAUUUUUUUUUUUCUUCUUUAAUAUUAUUUUUCCUUCUUUCUCUUGUACGGCUUGGAAAGGAAAGAUAGAUCAUUUUUGUAACAAACUCGAGUGUUUUUAAUUGUCCCAUCUUAAUAAUUUGCCCCUUUUUUUUGGUUUGGUUUCUAAAAUUACAGAUUUUUUUAAAAUGUUUUGUAGAUUUCUUGUGUGUGGUUUUUUUUUUUGUUGUUGUUGUUUUUUUUUUCUUUUCAGAUUUGUACUAGUGAGUCAGAGCAUAAGAUGAACUCUUGUAUAAAGCAUGUGAUAAAUAUGGAUUUGCAUUUGUCAACUUAUCCGAACGGUUGAUUCAUUCGCAGCACUUGAUUUCAGCGUGACUGUUGGUAAGGGUGUGUGAGGCUUCGCUGAAGGUUUGCAUGUGUUUCUUGGGCCUCUUCAGUGGUGCUUGGGGAGAAAAACGCUCAGCUGAUGAAUGUUUGUUUUGGGGUUGUUUUUUUUUUUUUUUUUUUUUUUUCUGCAAUGUUUCAGCCCUGAUGCAACUCCAGACUGAAAUUGUGAGCGGUUCUUUCUCCGUUAAUUGCUCUAGUGUGUGAAAGUGAAUUUCUACAACCCCGAUUCUGAAACUGUUGGGACAGUAUGGGAAAUGCUAAUAAAAAUGAAGAGGAGUGAUU